AUGAGUUGUACCGAAAAUGAAAGUGGCCCUUUUGUCGUAUUCUUCUUACCAGCUGUUGUCGGCUGCCUGACCAUACUUUUGGCUAGGCGCUGGGCUAAUUCACAAGUUAGCAGCACAUCGUCCACAGCUGUUUCUAGACGACGGAAAAUAAUUAAAGACCCGCUUAUUAAGCGGCCCUUACCACCGAUUGCUUGUAAAAUGGUGCCACCGGGGACAAAAAAAGCCAUUGGAGUUCCGAGGAAGGGACCAGUGUCAUUACCGGAAGAGGAUAUGAAUGGUGGUGGGAAACGAGUUAGUCGUACUACUCGUUUAUCGCCCACAACAACACCAUCAUCAACUAUGGGCACAACAGACAUCAAAUUAUCUGAUGGUCUGCUACCUCCCAAACAUAUACCAUUUCCAUACAUCCCGCAAGAUGGGGAAAUGUUAUUUGAGUUUAUGACUUUUAUCUUCACACUUGUGGCAGCUGGAUUACAGUUUCUUAAUUUAUAUAGGACAGUAUGGUGGUUACCACACUCUUAUACUAACCAAGCUAUGAAUUUUUAUCUGAUAGACCCUCAUCUGGUGGCAUUUAUUGUGACUAUUAUCAGCAGGAGGCUGGUCUUUAGCAUUACUUUGGCCAUAUUAAGAUAUUUUCUCCCUCCUAAGCUUAUGCCGCAUGCAACAAUUGCUGCCCGGAUGUUCAUACUUGGUGUAAUUUUGGGUGCCCUUGCAUGGUGUACAUACUUUAUAAUGAAUAAAUAUCUACUCAGUGGGAUAUUUUACCUCUGUUAUCCAGCUGCGGUAUACUUCAUAUUGUUUGGUUUUCAAUCAAGUCCUUUCCUAGAGCUGGAUAAUGAGACUCCGCCUUUGCACUGCUGUUCCCACGAUCCAGAGCACGCACGCAACGAAGCUGACAUGCUAACAGCUGAUUUCAAUCUGAGACUGAAGAAAAUAAUAUUUAAUUCUAUGCUUGGCGCCUAUUACACUAGUUUUGUUCCUUGUUGUUUUGCACCGACGUACUUAUACUACGACGUGUACGCGGCGUCCCAGCAAGUGGGCCUAGUGUGGGGCACGCUGUACGGACGCUACGUGGCGCAGCUGCUGUCCGCCGCCUACUGCGACGUGCUGCACCGCUCCGCGCUGCACCUCGGCAUCUGGCGCGUGGCGCCGCCCCCGCCCGGUACGUACUUGUACUGCGACGUGUCGCACCGCCCGGUACGUACUUGUACUGCGACGUGUCGCACGCCCGGUACGUACUUGUACUGCGACGUGUCGCACGCCCGGUACGUACUUGUACUGCGACGUGUCGCACGCCCGGUACGUACUUGUACUGCGACGUGCUGCACCGCUCCGCGCUGCACCUCGGCAUCUGGCGCGUGGCGCCGCCCCCGCCCGGUACGUACUUGUACUGCGACGUGUCGCACCGCCCGGUACGUACUUGUACUGCGACGUGUCGCACGCCCGGUACGUACUUGUACUGCGACGUGUCGCACGCCCGGUACGUACUUGUACUGCGACGUGUCGCACGCCCGGUACGUACUUGUACUGCGACGUGCUGCACCGCUCCGCGCUGCACCUCGGCAUCUGGCGCGUGGCGCCGCCCCCGCCCGGUACGUACUUGUACUGCGACGUGUCGCACCGCCCGGUACGUACUUGUACUGCGACGUGUCGCACGCCCGGUACGUACUUGUACUGCGACGUGCUGCACCGCUCCGCGCUGCACCUCGGCAUCUGGCGCGUGGCGCCGCCCCCGCCCGGUACGUACUUGUACUGCGACGUGUCGCACGCCCGGUACGUACUUGUACUGCGACGUGUCGCACGCCCGGUACGUACUUGUACUGCGACGUGCUGCACCGCUCCGCGCUGCACCUCGGCAUCUGGCGCGUGGCGCCGCCCCCGCCCGGUACGUACUUGUACUGCGACGUGUCGCACCGCCCGGUACGUACUUGUACUGCGACGUGUCGCACGCCCGGUACGUACUUGUACUGCGACGUGCUGCACCGCUCCGCGCUGCACCUCGGCAUCUGGCGCGUGGCGCCGCCCCCGCCCGGUACGUACUUGUACUGCGACGUGUCGCACCGCCCGGUACGUACUUGUACUGCGACGUGUCGCACGCCCGGUACGUACUUGUACUGCGACGUGCUGCACCGCUCCGCGCUGCACCUCGGCAUCUGGCGCGUGGCGCCGCCCCCGCCCGGUACGUACUUGUACUGCGACGUGUCGCACCGCCCGGUACGUACUUGUACUGCGACGUGUCGCACGCCCGGUACGUACUUGUACUGCGACGUGCUGCACCGCUCCGCGCUGCACCUCGGCAUCUGGCGCGUGGCGCCGCCCCCGCCCGGUACGUACUUGUACUGCGACGUGUCGCACCGCCCGGUACGUACUUGUACUGCGACGUGUCGCACGCCCGGUACGUACUUGUACUGCGACGUGUCGCACGCCCGGUACGUACUUGUACUGCGACGUGUCGCACGCCCGGUACGUACUUGUACUGCGACGUGCUGCACCGCUCCGCGCUGCACCUCGGCAUCUGGCGCGUGGCGCCGCCCCCGCCCGGUACGUACUUGUACUGCGACGUGUCGCACCGCCCGGUACGUACUUGUACUGCGACGUGUCGCACGCCCGGUACGUACUUGUACUGCGACGUGUCGCACGCCCGGUACGUACUUGUACUGCGACGUGUCGCACGCCCGGUACGUACUUGUACUGCGACGUGCUGCACCGCUCCGCGCUGCACCUCGGCAUCUGGCGCGUGGCGCCGCCCCCGCCCGGUACGUACUUGUACUGCGACGUGUCGCACCGCCCGGUACGUACUUGUACUGCGACGUGUCGCACGCCCGGUACGUACUUGUACUGCGACGUGCUGCACCGCUCCGCGCUGCACCUCGGCAUCUGGCGCGUGGCGCCGCCCCCGCCCGGUACGUACUUGUACUGCGACGUGUCGCACGCCCGGUACGUACUUGUACUGCGACGUGUCGCACGCCCGGUACGUACUUGUACUGCGACGUGCUGCACCGCUCCGCGCUGCACCUCGGCAUCUGGCGCGUGGCGCCGCCCCCGCCCGGUACGUACUUGUACUGCGACGUGUCGCACCGCCCGGUACGUACUUGUACUGCGACGUGUCGCACGCCCGGUACGUACUUGUACUGCGACGUGCUGCACCGCUCCGCGCUGCACCUCGGCAUCUGGCGCGUGGCGCCGCCCCCGCCCGGUACGUACUUGUACUGCGACGUGUCGCACCGCCCGGUACGUACUUGUACUGCGACGUGUCGCACGCCCGGUACGUACUUGUACUGCGACGUGCUGCACCGCUCCGCGCUGCACCUCGGCAUCUGGCGCGUGGCGCCGCCCCCGCCCGGUACGUACUUGUACUGCGACGUGUCGCACCGCCCGGUACGUACUUGUACUGCGACGUGUCGCACGCCCGGUACGUACUUGUACUGCGACGUGCUGCACCGCUCCGCGCUGCACCUCGGCAUCUGGCGCGUGGCGCCGCCCCCGCCCGGUACGUACUUGUACUGCGACGUGUCGCACCGCCCGGUACGUACUUGUACUGCGACGUGCUGCACCGCCCGGUACGUACUUGUACUGCGACGUGCUGCACCGCUCCGCGCUGCACCUCGGCAUCUGGCGCGUGGCGCCGCCCCCGCCCGGUACGUACUUGUACUGCGACGUGUCGCACCGCCCGGUACGUACUUGUACUGCGACGUGUCGCACGCCCGGUACGUACUUGUACUGCGACGUGCUGCACCGCCCGGUACGUACUUGUACUGCGACGUGCUGCACCGCCCGGUACGUACUUGUACUGCGACGUGCUGCACCGCUCCGCGCUGCACCUCGGCAUCUGGCGCGUGGCGCCGCCCCCGCCCGGUACGUACUUGUACUGCGACGUGUCGCACGCCCGGUACGUACUUGUACUGCGACGUGCUGCACCGCUCCGCGCUGCACCUCGGCAUCUGGCGCGUGGCGCCGCCCCCGCCCGGUACGUACUUGUACUGCGACGUGUCGCACCGCCCGGUACGUACUUGUACUGCGACGUGUCGCACGCCCGGUACGUACUUGUACUGCGACGUGCUGCACCGCCCGGUACGUACUUGUACUGCGACGUGCUGCACCGCCCGGUACGUACUUGUACUGCGACGUGCUGCACCGCUCCGCGCUGCACCUCGGCAUCUGGCGCGUGGCGCCGCCCCCGCCCGGUACGUACUUGUACUGCGACGUGUCGCACGCCCGGUACGUACUUGUACUGCGACGUGUCGCACCGCCCGGUACGUACUUGUACUGCGACGUGCUGCACCGCUCCGCGCUGCACCUCGGCAUCUGGCGCGUGGCGCCGCCCCCGCCCGGUACGUACUUGUACUGCGACGUGUCGCACCGCCCGGUACGUACUUGUACUGCGACGUGUCGCACGCCCGGUACGUACUUGUACUGCGACGUGUCGCACGCCCGGUACGUACUUGUACUGCGACGUGCUGCACCGCCCGGUACGUACUUGUACUGCGACGUGCUGCACCGCUCCGCGCUGCACCUCGGCAUCUGGCGCGUGGCGCCGCCCCCGCCCGGUACGUACUUGUACUGCGACGUGUCGCACCGCCCGGUACGUACUUGUACUGCGACGUGUCGCACGCCCGGUACGUACUUGUACUGCGACGUGCUGCACCGCUCCGCGCUGCACCUCGGCAUCUGGCGCGUGGCGCCGCCCCCGCCCGGUACGUACUUGUACUGCGACGUGUCGCACCGCCCGGUACGUACUUGUACUGCGACGUGUCGCACGCCCGGUACGUACUUGUACUGCGACGUGCUGCACCGCUCCGCGCUGCACCUCGGCAUCUGGCGCGUGGCGCCGCCCCCGCCCGGUACGUACUUGUACUGCGACGUGUCGCACCGCCCGGUACGUACUUGUACUGCGACGUGCUGCACCGCCCGGUACGUACUUGUACUGCGACGUGCUGCACCGCUCCGCGCUGCACCUCGGCAUCUGGCGCGUGGCGCCGCCCCCGCCCGGUACGUACUUGUACUGCGACGUGUCGCACCGCCCGGUACAUACUUGUACUGCGAGGUGUCGCACCGCCCGGUACGUACUUGUACUGCGAGGUGUCGCACCGCCCGGUACGUACUUGUACUGCGACGUGUCGCACCGCCCGGUACGUACUUGUACUGCGACGUGCUGCACCGCCCGGUACGUACUUGUACUGCGACGUGCUGCACCGCUCCGCGCUGCACCUCGGCAUCUGGCGCGUGGCGCCGCCCCCGCCCGGUACGUACUUGUACUGCGACGUGUCGCACGCCCGGUACGUACUUGUACUGCGACGUGUCGCACGCCCGGUACGUACUUGUACUGCGACGUGCUGCACCGCUCCGCCCGGUACGUACUUGUACUGCGACGUGUCGCACCGCCCGGUACGUACUUGUACUGCGACGUGCUGCACCGCCCGGUACGUACUUGUACUGCGACGUGCUGCACCGCCCGGUACGUACUUGUACUGCGACGUGCUGCACCGCUCCGCGCUGCACCUCGGCAUCUGGCGCGUGGCGCCGCCCCCGCCCGGUACGUACUUGUACUGCGACGUGUCGCACCGCCCGGUACGUACUUGUACUGCGACGUGUCGCACGCCCGGUACGUACUUGUACUGCGACGUGUCGCACCGCCCGGUACGUACUUGUACUGCGACGUGUCGCACGCCCGGUACGUACUUGUACUGCGACGUGCUGCACCGCUCCGCGCUGCACCUCGGCAUCUGGCGCGUGGCGCCGCCCCCGCCCGGUACGUACUUGUACUGCGACGUGUCGCACCGCCCGGUACGUACUUGUACUGCGACGUGUCGCACGCCCGGUACGUACUUGUACUGCGACGUGCUGCACCGCUCCGCGCUGCACCUCGGCAUCUGGCGCGUGGCGCCGCCCCCGCCCGGUACGUACUUGUACUGCGACGUGUCGCACCGCCCGGUACGUACUUGUACUGCGACGUGCUGCACCGCCCGGUACGUACUUGUACUGCGACGUGCUGCACCGCUCCGCGCUGCACCUCGGCAUCUGGCGCGUGGCGCCGCCCCCGCCCGGUACGUACUUGUACUGCGACGUGUCGCACGCCCGGUACGUACUUGUACUGCGACGUGUCGCACGCCCGGUACGUACUUGUACUGCGACGUGCUGCACCGCUCCGCCCGGUACGUACUUGUACUGCGACGUGUCGCACCGCCCGGUACGUACUUGUACUGCGACGUGCUGCACCGCCCGGUACGUACUUGUACUGCGACGUGCUGCACCGCCCGGUACGUACUUGUACUGCGACGUGCUGCACCGCUCCGCGCUGCACCUCGGCAUCUGGCGCGUGGCGCCGCCCCCGCCCGGUACGUACUUGUACUGCGACGUGUCGCACCGCCCGGUACGUACUUGUACUGCGACGUGUCGCACGCCCGGUACGUACUUGUACUGCGACGUGUCGCACCGCCCGGUACGUACUUGUACUGCGACGUGUCGCACGCCCGGUACGUACUUGUACUGCGACGUGCUGCACCGCUCCGCGCUGCACCUCGGCAUCUGGCGCGUGGCGCCGCCCCCGCCCGGUACGUACUUGUACUGCGACGUGUCGCACCGCCCGGUACGUACUUGUACUGCGACGUGCUGCACCGCCCGGUACGUACUUGUACUGCGACGUGCUGCACCGCUCCGCGCUGCACCUCGGCAUCUGGCGCGUGGCGCCGCCCCCGCCCGGUACGUACUUGUACUGCGACGUGUCGCACGCCCGGUACGUACUUGUACUGCGACGUGUCGCACGCCCGGUACGUACUUGUACUGCGACGUGCUGCACCGCUCCGCCCGGUACGUACUUGUACUGCGACGUGUCGCACCGCCCGGUACGUACUUGUACUGCGACGUGCUGCACCGCCCGGUACGUACUUGUACUGCGACGUGCUGCACCGCCCGGUACGUACUUGUACUGCGACGUGCUGCACCGCUCCGCGCUGCACCUCGGCAUCUGGCGCGUGGCGCCGCCCCCGCCCGGUACGUACUUGUACUGCGACGUGUCGCACCGCCCGGUACGUACUUGUACUGCGACGUGUCGCACGCCCGGUACGUACUUGUACUGCGACGUGCUGCACCGCUCCGCGCUGCACCUCGGCAUCUGGCGCGUGGCGCCGCCCCCGCCCGGUACGUACUUGUACUGCGACGUGUCGCACCGCCCGGUACGUACUUGUACUGCGACGUGCUGCACCGCCCGGUACGUACUUGUACUGCGACGUGCUGCACCGCUCCGCGCUGCACCUCGGCAUCUGGCGCGUGGCGCCGCCCCCGCCCGGUACGUACUUGUACUGCGACGUGUCGCACGCCCGGUACGUACUUGUACUGCGACGUGUCGCACGCCCGGUACGUACUUGUACUGCGACGUGCUGCACCGCUCCGCCCGGUACGUACUUGUACUGCGACGUGUCGCACCGCCCGGUACGUACUUGUACUGCGACGUGCUGCACCGCCCGGUACGUACUUGUACUGCGACGUGCUGCACCGCUCCGCGCUGCACCUCGGCAUCUGGCGCGUGGCGCCGCCCCCGCCCGGUACGUACUUGUACUGCGACGUGUCGCACCGCCCGGUACGUACUUGUACUGCGACGUGUCGCACGCCCGGUACGUACUUGUACUGCGACGUGUCGCACCGCCCGGUACGUACUUGUACUGCGACGUGUCGCACGCCCGGUACGUACUUGUACUGCGACGUGCUGCACCGCUCCGCGCUGCACCUCGGCAUCUGGCGCGUGGCGCCGCCCCCGCCCGGUACGUACUUGUACUGCGACGUGUCGCACCGCCCGGUACGUACUUGUACUGCGACGUGUCGCACGCCCGGUACGUACUUGUACUGCGACGUGCUGCACCGCUCCGCGCUGCACCUCGGCAUCUGGCGCGUGGCGCCGCCCCCGCCCGGUACGUACUUGUACUGCGACGUGUCGCACCGCCCGGUACGUACUUGUACUGCGACGUGUCGCACGCCCGGUACGUACUUGUACUGCGACGUGUCGCACCGCCCGGUACGUACUUGUACUGCGACGUGCUGCACCGCCCGGUACGUACUUGUACUGCGACGUGUCGCACGCCCGGUACGUACUUGUACUGCGACGUGCUGCACCGCCCGGUACGUACUUGUACUGCGACGUGUCGCACGCCCGGUACGUACUUGUACUGCGAUGUGCUGCACCGCCCGGUACGUACUUGUACUGCGACGUGUCGCACGCCCGGUACGUACUUGUACUGCGACGUGUCGCACCGCCCGGUACGUACUUGUACUGCGACGUGUCGCACCGCCCGGUACGUACUUGUACUGCGACGUGUCGCACCGCCCGCAGCGGAAGGUAGUGUAACGUGGUCUGGAUCCCGCUGGUGGGGUUUCGGAGCGCGGGUUUGCCUCGAUGGUGUGGAGUAUGUGGCGCACGCUCACUAUGUGUCUGCCCGCCCGGCCGACAGGCACCAAACCAGCUUUUACACCGUGUUCAUAUACCCGCCGACGCUAAUUUGUGUAUUUCUGACCCUCCAACUGUCACUAGUUGUUGUACAACUGUGUUUACUGUUCAGCUCCAUAGCCUGGCACAACUUCUUGUCAAUAGUCAUUUUACUUUUCAUCAAUUACUACUCACUGUUCAAGUUGGUGAGGGAUUAUAUUGUUGCUUGGAAAGUUUAUAAAGCAGAAAACAUGAUACAGGAUAAAAACGGAUCUGUUCAACUAGCCACUAAUUAG